AAUGGAAUAGAAAAGUUGAAAACCACCUCUAACCUCUAAAUAGGUAGAAAAGUAGCAUUUUAAGGAGAUAAAACACACACGAGGCAAACAUAUAAUCUAACAAAUAAACAAUAUCCUUCUAUUUUGCAUAUUUAUUAUUUUUGAAUUUAUCAAGUCAGAGUAGUUGUUCAUACACGUUUGAAACAAUGUCUGGAUUUACAGUUGCAGAUUUAAUUAAACCAAACCUAGAAUCAAUGUUGAUGAAUUCCUCUCAAGUUAUUCAGUCGAAUAAAGAUCUGAGAACAACAAAUAUUGCUGAAGAUGAUGACAACGAAGGCAUAAAUGCAGAGAAGGAGAAAAAUACUAAAAAUGAGAUUCACACCACAUCAAAUUCUCUCCAAACUCCCAAAGACCAACAUCAGAUAGGUUCAGAAGAAAAUGAUGUCUUGAAGAAAAGUACUAGUGAGAUUAAAUGUGUAGCUACAUCAUGUAGUUCGACUAUUGGCAGUACAGAUUUGGAGACAUCAACUGUUCCCAAUUUUUUAUCACCCACUUCAAACAUAAAUACUGUAAGUAAUCAAAAGGCUUCAUUACUUUCUUCUCCAAUUCCUUUCAAUUAUGCUGAUGAGAUUAGACUUCGACCAUUGAUUCAGGCUUAUUCAGAGCCUUCUUUACUCGGUCCAUCUUUCCAGAAUGCCUCUUCUUCUUCGUCAUCUGAUGUUACUUUUAUUCCAACUGUUAUCUCAGCAUCAUCGCCAUUUUCUUCGUCUCCACCGUCUUGUUUACUUUCAAAUAACUGUACACCAGUGGAAUCUCAAUAUAGUAUUACUAACGCUAAUACAGAAGAACACUUACAAAUUUUAUUAAAGUUACAUAAUUUAUUCGGUAUAAAUAUUACGGAGAAAUCAAAUUUAAAUGAAAUGAACUCAAUACAUUUCAAUCAUAUCAACAAUAAUAAUUUCAAUAAACACCACUUAUCUCCUAAUAAUAAUAAUAAUAAUAAUAAUACAUCAAAUACUAAAACAAGCUUACUUCAUCUGAAUGAUCUGAAUUCAAUUACAAAUAUAAAUCCUGAAAUAAUUUCACCUUUUAACUCACCCUAUAUGAUGUCUGUUAUGAUGAAUAGUAUGCUGAACAAAGAACAAUCUGAACAGUUUUGUCUACCACCUUCAGUACCUCUUCAGCAGGAGCAGGAGCAGCAGCAGCAACAACAACCACAACAACAAGCAUUUCCUCAUCGGCUCAGUAAUCAUCACCAAGAGCCACGACAAAAUUUUCCAUGUUCACAAUCAGCAGUUGAUGUUAAUUCACAAAUGAAUUUGGCAACUCAAAGCCAAUUGAUAGCAAAUUUUUUGAAGUCACGUCUAUUAUGGGAUAAUAAUCAUAAUAAUAGUGUUAAUACUAUCAAUAAUAAUAAUAAUAAUAAUGGUGGGAAAACUAUUUUUCAAGAUAUCAGUGAAUUGGUCAAACUUGACAAUACUAACUUACCACUAAAUUGUUAUGAUCAUUUUAUCAAAGAUUCAAUGCAUAGAAAUGUUUUAAUUACAUCGGAUAACAGAAAACCAAAACGAAUACGUACAGCUUUUUCGCCAUCUCAACUAUUUCAGCUAGAAAGUGCAUUUGAAAAGAAUCAUUAUGUUGUUGGACAAGAACGCAAAGAUUUAGCAAAUGAUUUAAAUUUAACAGAGACUCAGGUAAAAGUAUGGUUUCAAAAUCGGCGAACAAAAUAUAAACGUUUGCAUACUGACGGUAAAGACGUUAUAAGCAACUCAAGUUCUAAGGAGAGAAGAUCAGCUUCUGAUGGUGAGGAUGAUGAUGUUGAUGAUGAUGAUAAUGGAGAAGAUGAAAAUGAAGGAGAUGUUGAACAAGAGGAGGCAGAAGAUACUUUCAAAGAUUUGUCAUGCAAUCAAAAUCAACUCAGAGUGGAAUAUAACCAUGAAAUAUUGGCGAAACAUUCAAAAACCGAUUCAUCAAAUCAAAUAAACAUUAAAGCCUUCGCUAUACAACAUAAUCAAUCUUCACUGGAUAAUAAAGAUUUCAAUUUUACAACUGACUGUCAUAGUCAGCAUAAUUUACUAAGGUCAAAUAACCUUUCUGAUAAUAAAGGAAUUAAUGAUUUAUCCUAUAAUCCCAGUGGUAAGCUUAAAGCAAAACGUGCUUAUCCAAAAUGUGAGUGGAGCUCAUUUAAACAAAUUAGUAGCAAUUUAAAUACCGAAAACAGAUUGGAGACACAUCAUUUACCUGCAAAUCAGUCAAUCUUACAUUCAUCACAUAAUUUAUUACAUUCUGUUUUAGGACAUAUAAAUCAAAUCAAAAACGCACAUUAGAAACCUUUGAGAAGUGAAUAGUUUGGUUUAUCUAAUUUCCUAAUUUUUUUGUCUUUAUACUAAUUAACUUCCUUUGAUUUGUGUAUCUGUGUAAUUUAACCAUUCCGCGUCUAGAUAUAGUGAAUUAUAUUGACUUCAGAUCAUAAAUGACAUUCUUCUCGCUUUCCAGAACUAUGACAGAAAGGAAACAAGCUCGGGAUAGGUCAUCACAUGAAGACAUUUUGAUGCAAAAUUGGUUACCUGUCUCAACAUAUUCAAUCGUUAGUAGACAAAAUUCAUUGUAUCAAUGAGUUUAAAUCAUAUCAUUUUGUAUAAACUUUAAUCUGUACACUUUUAUUACUAUUAUUAUUAUCAUCACUGUCAUGUUUGAAAGAAACAUCAGCACAGAAUUC